UCUUACCGAGUUCUGUGGCAAACCCCCAAGGGGCAGUGUUGCACCUUGGUGGGAGACGAGUAAGGAAGGGACCGAGUUGAUGCUUUCUUAUGGCAUCGAGUACGAUCAUUCCAUGUCUCACGAGGAUUGUCAGAUGUAUUGGCUUCGAACUGGUGAUACCUGGACGAAGGAUCGACUAUUCGAAGAAAGCCGAAGAAUGGAUGAAACCAUUAGUUCAGGGGCAGCCGACGGGGAUGGUAGAAAUCCCAGGUUCAUGGUAUAUAGAUGACCUGCCACCUAUGAUGUUCAUGAAAAACUCGGCCAAUUCGCAUGGUUGGGUGAACCCAAGGGACGUUGAAGAUAUCUGGCGCGAUCAUUUUGAUUAUUUUUACCGCGAGUACGACGAAUUCAUCUUCCCAAUGACGAUCCACCCCGACGUCUCGGGGCGACCACAUGUGCUUCUCAUGCAUGAAAGAUUGAUUGAACAUAUAAAUAAGCAUGAGGGAGUGGAAUGGAUGACAUUCGCUGAAGUAAAUCCCCUGCUAACCCCAGUCUAUCUGCAAUUGCUGACCCCCUUAAAGAUGUGUGACUAUUUUAAGAGUAAGAACAAACCCCCCGAGGGCGCCAUGAUGCCUGCGGCUGCGGGAGAGAUUCUCAAAAAGUCAAGCGAGUAGAUUGGCCAUUGAAGCUAAGAGGUAUAACACUUUGAAAAUGACGAACAAAUUACGUGGAG